AUGUCCGUCCAGACGGUCUCUAUCCAGCCCUUUGCUGACCAGAAGCCGGGGACCUCUGGUCUUCGCAAGAAGGUCAAGGUCUUCCAGCAGCCCAACUACUCCGAAUCCUUCAUCACCAGCAUUCUCCUGUCGAUCCCCGAGGGUGUUGAGGGUGCCUUCCUCGUCAUUGGAGGUGAUGGUCGCUUCUACAACAACGAGGUGAUCUCGAAGAUCGCCAAGAUCAGUGCCGCCUACGGUGUCAAGAAGCUGCUGGUCGGGCAGAAUGGCAUUCUCAGUACCCCGGCUGCCAGCAACCUCAUUCGCGUGAGAAAGGCGACCGGUGGAAUCCUGCUGACGGCCAGUCACAACCCCGGUGGCCCCGACAACGACUUCGGGAUUAAGUACAACCUGGCCAACGGUGCCCCGGCCCCAGAGACGGUGACCAACCAGAUCUUCGAGGCGUCCAAGUCCCUGACCUCGUACAAAUACGCCGAGAUCCCGGAUGUCGACACCUCCAGCAUCGGCUCCAAGAGCUACGGCCCGCUCGAGGUCGAGGUGGUGCACUCGACGGCCGACUACGUGACCAUGAUGAAGGAGAUCUUCGACUUUGAUCUGAUCAAGGACUUCCUCAGCACACACAAGGACUUCAAGGUGCUCUUUGAUGGCAUGCACGGCGUGACGGGCCCGUACGGUACGGACAUUUUCGUGAAGGAGCUCGGGCUGUCAGCCAGCAGCACCAUGAACUGCGUGCCCAAGCCGGACUUUGGCGGCGGCCACCCGGACCCUAACCUCGUGUACGCACACGAGCUGGUCGAGGCCGUCAACAAGAAUGGCGUGCACUUUGGUGCCGCUAGCGACGGUGACGGUGACCGCAACAUGAUCUACGGCGCCAACACCUUUGUCUCGCCCGGUGAUAGCCUGGCUAUCAUUGCGCACCACGCCAAGCUCAUCCCCUGGUUCCAGAAGCAGGGCGUGUAUGGUCUGGCGCGGUCCAUGCCCACCGCUGGUGCCGUCGACCGCGUGGCCGAGGCCCAGGGCCUGCAGAGCUACGAGGUGCCCACAGGGUGGAAGUUCUUCUGCAAUCUGUUCGACAACAAGAAGAUCUCCAUUUGCGGUGAGGAGAGUUUCGGCACGGGCAGCAACCACAUCCGCGAGAAGGACGGCGUGUGGGCCAUCGUUGCUUGGCUGAACAUCAUCGCCGGCGUGGCCAAGCAGAAGCCCAACGAGACGCCCAGCAUCGCCUCGAUCCAGAACGAGUUCUGGCAGACCUACGGUCGCACCUUCUUCACGCGCUACGACUACGAGGACGUCGACAGCGACGGUGCCAACAAGGUGGUCAAGACGCUGGCCGACCUGGUCGCCAGCGACUCCUUCGUCGGCUCGACCAUUGCCGCUCGCAAGGUCGUCGACGCCGGCAACUUCGCCUACACCGACCUGGACGGCAGCGUCGCCAAGAACCAGGGCCUGUUCGCCAAGUUCGACGAUGGCAGCCGCAUCGUCGUCCGUCUGUCCGGCACCGGCAGCAGCGGCGCCACCAUCCGGCUAUACGUUGAACGCUACGAGAGCGAUCGCUCCAAGUUCGGUCUCAGCGCUCAGGAGUACCUGGCCGAUAACAUUGCCCUGGCGCUGUCGCUGCUCAAAUUCAAGGAGUAUGUUGGCCGCGAGGAGCCCGAUGUCAAGACCUAG